AUGCAAGAUAUCGAUUACGUUGUAGAAGCUUCCCACGCUCUCUAUGACACAAUUACUGAAGAAUUGUCACUACAAAGCACUAAAAAGUACAACAAUGACUCCAUGACCCUAGCACAACUCGAUGAUUGGCGAAGAAACAAAUUGCCAGAUAUAUUGAAAGAUCGUUACCAGCGACAAAAUAGUUGCUGGCUCCAGAAAGAAGAGCUUGUUCUACUCAUGGACUGGAAAUUGACCAAGGGAAAAUAUCGUCCUACCCUUCCAAGCUUGAUAAAAUCAAACUCUGAUGAUUCAGUAGUAGAAAUUACCAAGGAAGGAUUUCAUAUAUUACUCUCAUAUGUUGAGAAAAUUGAAGUUGACCAAUUUUGGAAAAACCUCGAAGCAGACUCGAAAAAAGAGUAUUUGGAGAUAGUAAAGAAAGCAUGUGACCAGUUUUGCAAGUUACGAGGCGUGGGUCCUGCUACAGCAAGUUUAAUUUGCUCACUUACUACCAAUAUUAAUGAAGUGUUAGCACCACCUUUUUUCAGCGAUGAGAGCUUUAUGUUCUAUAUAUUGGAGCCUUUGCGGCCCGAAACAAAGAUAAAGUACAACAUCAAAGAGUAUAUUGAAGAGUUGGUUUCGUUGUACGCCGAUAUUUUGAAAACCAGAACCCACGUGAAAUCUAUGAAUGUCUUGGAAAAUGGAGGUUGGAGCCUCAAGAUGCAUGAUAUCUACAAAUUCGACAAACUCAGCAAUGUGAAAUUACCCUCCAAGCUCGAAAAAGCACCGGGCAAGUUUCCAUCUCUGGAAAUAACUCGGCUCACAAUUGAGACGUCUCGUAAGAAACGCAAACUCAACUAA